CUCCUAAUCAAGAAAUCAUUUUAUUUGAUCCUUCAAGCAAUGGCAUCUACUUCGGCAUCAUCCGUUCAAAAGAGCUUCAAGUAUGAUGUCUUUUUGAGCUUCCGGGGUGAAGACGUCCGCAGGAACUUUGUUGAUCAUCUCUAUCAUGCUCUUCAGGAGAAAGGCAUUACCACGUACAAAGAUGAUGAAUGUAUCGAGAAAGGGAAAAGGAUCAAUGAUCAGCUCAUCACAUCCAUUGAAGAAUCCAGAUUUCACAUCAUUGUAUUCUCCAAGAACUAUGCAUCUUCGUCGUGGUGCUUAGACGAGCUUGUCAAGAUUAUGGAGUGUCAGAAUACCAAGGAGCAGACUGCUUACCCGAUCUUCUAUGAUGUGGAACCCACUGAAGUCCGCAACCAAACUGGGGCAGUUAAAAAAGCCUUUGCAAAACAUGUAGGGGGCAGCCGGAGCUCUGUUCUAUCUCUUGACCGUCUUUGCUCUAUUGUACCAUCUGCAUCGAACGGAUUCACAGCAAAUUUGGAAAAUAAAGAUGAUGUUGGAAGAUGGAGAAAUGCUCUAAAAGAAUCAGCCGGCCUGGCUGGGAUGGAGUUGAAGAACACUUUUAAUGGGCAUGAAGCUAAAUUUAUCCGACAAAUUGUUCAAUACAUUUCACUAAAGCUACGUCUCAUUAACUUGAGCAUUGAUGGGAAGUUAGUAGGCAUGGAGACCCGGGUUAAGAAUGUAGUUUCAUCUUUAGAAAUUGGUUCUGAUGAUGUUCGCAUGAUAGGGAUCAAAGGGAUUGGAGGUGGUGGAAAGACCACUUUGGCAAGAGCUGUUUAUGAUCAUAUAUCCUUUUGGUUUGAGGGUAAAAGCUUUAUUGAGAAUAUCAGAGAAGUUUCUAAAGGCUCACCGUCUGGUUUGAAGAAAUUGCAAAAACAGCUCCUUAAAGAUCUUUCAAAUGAAAAAAACGUUUAUCUAACAAGUGGUUCCGAUGAAAAAAAUCUGAUGAAAAAGGUGAUGCGUAGUAGAAAGGUACUUGUUGUUCUAGAUGAUGUGGAUGACAUAGACCAACUUGAGGCUUUAGCAAGUGAGCUUCCUUGGUUUAAGAAAGGAAGUAGAAUCGUCAUCACAACAAGAGAUGAGCAAGUGUUGAUAGCACAACGAGUGAACUUUAUUCAUGAUGUAAACCUGUUAUCAAAUGAGGAAGCAAUUUGCCUGUUCAGUAGGUAUGCAUUUGGGAGAGAGAUUCCGGUUCAAGGGUAUGAAGAGCUAUCAGGAAAAGUUGUACAUUACGCUGCUGGUCUUCCCUUAACAAUCAAAGUUUUAGGUUCACAUCUUUGUGGUAGAAGUAAAAGUGAAUGGGAAGACGCCUUGGAAAGACUAAAAACAAUUCCGUUGAAGGAAACUUUGGAGAAAUUGGAACUAAGCUAUAACGGUCUAGAGAAUGAUCAGAAGGAAAUACUCCUCGAUGUUGUAUGCAUAUUGAAAGGUGAAAUGAAAGACGAAGCAAUUCGAAUACUUGAAAGCUGUGGAUUUAGUGCUCAAAUAGGCUUAAGAGUACUUGAGCAGAAAUCUUUAAUAACUAUUUCUAGUAUUGACGGCUUGCGCUUCCAUGACCAUAUAGAAGAAAUGGCCUGGAAUAUUGUUCGUCAUUUUCACCCGAAUGAGCCUAGUAGACAUAAUCGAUUAUGGAUUAAAGAGGAAAUUGAAGAUAUGCUCGUUAAUGGAUUGGGUACUAAAGCAACAAAGAGUAUAAAACUGAAGAAUACAGAUCUCCAUCCUGCAAUUAUUAUGAAAGGAGAAAUAGAGAGAUCUUAAAAGGGGAAAUAAUGGCUCAAAUUCCCAAUUUACAAAAUGGACCAGUCAAUUUCACUUACCAGAGAUUGGUCUCAAAAGGAGGUCUUAACAAUCCUAAAAAAUUUUCGAGGGAGAAAGUGUGUGGUCAUUAGUUUGAUGGUAGGCGGUUCAUUGUCAUUAAUUACCCCAGACUUCACUUCUCAAUGCAAGCAGCUCAUCUUCUUAAAAGCAACUCUUUCUUAUCUUUUAUCUGCAGUCUAAGAACAAAACAGGUAUAAAGUUCUUUAACUUUUGAUUAGAAUUUAAUAACCACAUAGUAUUUAGUCUUAAAGGGGGCAUACCAUGAGGUAUCUAUGUGCUAACUGCAAAAAUGCUAUGGAGCUGAAUUACAUCAUUUUAAUUACACUCCAAUUGAGACUAACUAUCUAAAAGCUGUCUACCUUGUACAAAGUCAGCUUCAUUUGACCAUAUUUGUUUCAUCUCAUAUCUAUAAUGACACAUCCAAAGGGCUUCAAAGAGGGUAUUUUCUUUUUUCUGUUGUUAGUAGUAAUCAUUAUUGCUAUUAUAUUUGUAAAAUAGAAAUUAUCCUUACUGUUUUAGAAAAUAUAGAUGUGUGUCCCUGAGAUAUAUACCCUUAUUAUGCUUGUCAGAGAGGUACUUCAUUUGAUUUUCUAGGAUUAUGGUUUACAACUUGUUGGAUCAGCUCAUUUACUCCAUUUAUUCAUAAAAUUAAAAUAAAUAAACUACUAAAGAUCCAGAUGAUUCGGGUCAAGGUCUUGACCUGCUAACCAUGACCUGUCUGGCCGCUCAAGAUUAUUCAACACAAUUAACUGAUUAGUGAUUACAAGUAGUUAUCUAAAUGAUGUAGGACAUAAAUGAUAUAUGUAUGUUUAUAGUUUCUAGCCAAGAUUUUUGGACGAAUAACAACAGAUGACGAUUUAUAAAUGAGCAGUUGACAAGAGUACAUGAAAGUUAAAGCAUCUCGGUUUAUAUUCAGUGAGAUAGGUCAGAAUUUUCUAAUCUUGGCAUUUUCAGCUAGGUACCCCGUACCCUCUCAUAUUCAGAAUGUUGUUGUUUUAAAGAAGAUUCCUAAUAGAAAUGGGUGUGUUUGGCUUGUAUUGCUGAUAGGGCUUGGGAAGAGAAGGGUGCUCAAAGAGGUUUGGCGGAAUGUGUUUGCCAUUAGCUUUUGCAGCCGUACACUGUUCUAACCGUUGCAGAUGCGAAGAUGUGGUUACUUUCUUUCCUAAUGGCCGCCUGAAGUAUGUAGUCAUGAAUAACCUCGGUUUAGCUGGUAUCCAGGUACGCAUCUGUUUAAGUGCCAUUACUUAUGAUUAUAUAAAAACUUCCCUUGUCUUAUUGGAAAAAAUGUUAUCGGUUUAUCCCCUUGAUUUUCUUUACCAUCUCUCCAACAUCUACCAAACAAGCUUGUGUUAAUUAGUUCCUUGGUUCACUACUCGGCACUAUCCAACAAAGUUGCCACAAAUAUCAUAAAUUUUGCAACAAAAAAAUACAUUAAUAGAAAUUACAUGAUACGGAUAUUACUUUGAGUGUGGAGCAAAGCUUUUUCAUGUAGUUAUCCCGCUCACUAACGUAUUCGAUAAAAGCAUCACCUGCAACGGCUUCUAUACGUCUUACUCCUGAGGAUAUCCCUUGUUCUGAAAUUAUCUUGAAGCCACGAAUCUCUGAAGUAUUACUAACAUGUGUGCCACCACAUAGUUCCAUUGAUACACUUGGAACAUUUACAACACGUACCUAAAAGGAGCAGGUCAAUAUGGCUUUUAUGCACUGGAUCAAGACUACAAGAACCGUUCAGUUGGACAGCCUUUGUGAUUUUAGUCAAACUGAAACAUCCUACAAUGUACCGUCUAAGGCAACAACUUCAUCUAUUUCUAUGAAGAACACUACUCUCAAACCAGAAUGGAAUAACGGAGAGUUGACAUCAUGUAAAGCAUGGGAGGAAAUGAGAUAACAAGAUUCAUGGAUCGCUUAGAGCUAAUUUUUUAUAGUAAUAUUCCUACCUGAAGACUUAUGUUGUAAACAUUUGGAAUAAUGUUAUGUAUUGAACUUAUAGUUGAAAUUAUGAUAUUAUAAUUUCUACAGUUGUAUAUAUUAUUUUAUUCGAACU